GAAGUGGCUGGAGAAACCGUAGAAGAAGAAGCAGCAAAGGGACUAAAGAGGAGCUUUUUCUGGAGCAUGGCAGAUGUGGAGCAGCUGGCAGCGGUGGGCCGGGUUCUGGUGGACCCCGGAGUGGAUCUGACCCGGCGCUUCAGAGCCCUGUUCACCCUCAGGAACCUCGGAGGUGCUGAAGCCAUCGACUGGAUCGGCCAGGCGUUCAGCGAUGACUCUGCGCUGCUGAAGCACGAGCUGGCGUACUGCCUGGGACAGAUGCAGGACCGGCGGGCCAUCCCCACCCUGACCCGCGUCCUCAGAGACGAGAAGCAGGAGCCCAUGGUCCGGCAUGAAGCAGGUGAAGCUCUGGGGGCGAUCGGGGAUCUUUCAGUUCUGGACCUGCUGAAGGAGUUCAGUCAGGAUCCAGUCGUAGAGGUUGCAGAAACGUGUGAGCUGGCCGUGCGGCGGCUGGAGUGGCUGCAGAGCGGCGGAGAGAAGCAGCUGGAGGACGGAAGUGCAGACCAGAACCCGUACUGCUCCGUGGACCCGGCUCCGCCGGCGCCGAGGAAGAGCGUCCCAGAACUGCGCUGCUCCCUCCUCGACGAGAGUCUGCCGCUGUUUGAGCGGUACCGGGCCAUGUUUGCUCUGAGGAACCUGGGCAGCGCGGAGGCAGCGGUCGCCCUGGGAGACGGCCUGCAGUGCUCCAGUGCUCUUUUCCGCCACGAGAUCGGCUACGUCCUGGGUCAGAUGCAGCACCCGGCCGCCAUCCCGGCGCUGCGUGCGGCUCUGCAGCGCUCCGAGGAGAACCCCAUGGUCCGGCACGAAGCCGCGGAAGCUCUGGGCUCCAUCGGCCAGAAGGAGUGUCUGGACGUGCUGCAGCAGUACCGGGGGGAUGAGGAACGGAUCGUCAAGGAGAGCUGUGACGUGGCUCUGGACAUGCUGGAGUAUGAAAACAGUGAGCAGUUCCAGUACGCAGACGGACUGGUGCGGUUGAAGGCCUGAACGCAGCAAACCAACAACGUUACAGGGAGCGAGAGGGGAAACCCCCAAAUAAUGAAAAAGAAAACAUGUGAACAUGCAUGUUGGUAUGGAGGAUUUUUUUGUGCCAAAAUUAAAUAAAUAAAUACAUAAUUAAUUAAUUAAAAUUAGAAUUAAAUAUGUAAUUAAUUAAAAUACAAUUUCACGAUUAUACAUUUCAUGAUUCACACACAAAAUCAUUAAGUGUCAUUAAUUAAUU